AGUCUAGCCGGCUGAGUGAGUGUAUUUGAGGCGGUUUCCCUCUGAGGGGCGGUGAAAGCGUGCAGCAUGAGAUACACCCAGCGCCUGAGGCUACUGAAGCGCUCACACAUCCACAGUUGCUUCCUCACUGACUCUGGGAAUCACAUAGUUGUACAGAGACUCGCUAUAUUACAGCGGAAUUUUAUUCAAUUCUCGAGGAUUUUUGGCAGGAAUCUGCUUUUCCCCCUCAGUUUUAUUAAAUCCAGCGCGUGCGGUUCAAUCAGCGCUGAUCUCAUCAGUUUAGUCCAAAUCUCUGACCAAGCAGGAGGCCUUCUCCCUUUAGCAGAACCAACUGACGAGGAAUUUGGCAGGAACACACUACCUGAGGGAUGAAUGAGGUUUCCACCACAUUAUUAAAACGCUGUCGCCUGGUCAGAGCUGAGACGGACCCGGUUUCUAGCAGUAACACUUCCCUCAGUCACGAUGCUUCAGGGGACAAGGAAUCAGUGUUCCCUCUAUCGUCGGUGGCCGGUAUCCUGGAUGCAGAGGAGAACAGUGUUCCUGCUGCCACACGGACAGAGACCAAGCCCAAUCUUCGCAACAAGUUCCAGGGAGCCUUCAAGAAGGGCAUCACUAACCCCAUGGACCGGCUUGAAUCCACCAUCUAUGAGGCCCCGGGGAACACAGGCCCCAAACAGGCCCCUAUGGACUCGCUGUUCGACUACGGCACAUAUCGUGCUGCCAAUAAUCCCAAAUGGCGCAGGAAGAAGCUUGCUCGUGGGAACACAGACAACGUGGUGUCCUGUGAUGAGCUCAGCUUGGAUCCUCCGAGGGUUCUGAAGUUGUUUAAUCGCACGGUACUGUUCGAUGCUGUAUCUCGGGCAGAUCCGGAUGCUCUGGAUGGACUGCUGGAGUUCCUGCAGAGUCACAACAAGAGACUAACGGACGAGGAGUUCAGAGAGCCGUCCACAGGGAAAACGUGUCUUCUGAAAGCUCUGCUGAAUUUAUACGGUGGGAGGAACAACACCAUCCCGUUGUUGCUGGACGUCGCUGAGCAGACGGGGAACCUGCAUGAGUUCGUCAACACACCCUUCAGAGACCUCUACUACCGGGGUCAGACAGCUCUGCACAUUGCCAUCGAGCGACGCUGUAAACACUACACUGAGCUGCUGGUGGAGAAAGAAGCAGAUGUUCAUGCUCAGGCUCGGGGACGAUUCUUCCAGCCCCGAGAUGAGGGGGGAUAUUUUUACUUUGGUGAACUCCCUCUCUCGUUGGCCAGCUGCACUAACCAGCCUGCCAUGGUACAAUAUCUGAUCGAGAACAGCCACAAGAAAGCAGAUCUGCGGCGUCAGGACUCACGUGGCAACACGGUCCUGCAUGCGCUCGUGCACGUGGCAGACAACACGCGUGAAAACACACGUUUCGUCACUAAGAUGUACGACCUGCUGCUUAUCAAGAGCGCAAAGCUUUACCCAGAAAGCAACCUGGAGCAGGUGCUCAACAAUGACGGCAUGUCACCGCUCAUGAUGGCCGCCAAACUCGGCAAGAUCGGGGUUUUUCAGCACAUAAUUCGGAGAGAAAUAAAAGAUGAUGAGGUGCGUCACCUGUGCAGGAAGUUUAAGGACUGGGCGUAUGGACCCGUUUACUCGUCUCUCUAUGACCUGUCUUAUCUGGACACCUGUGGCGAGGAUGUCUCUGUGUUGGAGAUCCUCGUCUAUAACAGCAGGAUCGAGAACCGUCACGAGAUGUUGGCCGUGGAGCCAAUUAAUGAGCUGCUGAGGGCAAAAUGGCAGAAAUUUGCCUCCAUGACGUUUUACAUCAGCGUGGUGUCGUACCUCAUCACCAUGAUCGCCUUCACACUCGUCGCCUACUACCGUCCUUCAGGAAGCACGCCUCCAUAUCCAUACGUAACUACAGGAGAUAAACUGCGUCUGGCAGGAGAAUUGAUCACAUUCGGCUCUGGACUGUUUUUCUUCAUAAGUAACAUAAAGGACCUGUUUCUGAAGAAAUGUCCGGCAGUCAGCUCUUUGUUUAUUGAUGGAUCCUUUCAACUCCUCUAUUUUCUGUACUCAGUGCUGGUGUUGGUGACGGUGGCUCUGUACCUGGCCGGAGUGCAGCACUACGUGAUGGUGAUGGUGUGUGCGCUGGUCUUAGGAUGGAUGAACACACUCUAUUUCACCAGAGGCUUCAAACUCACUGGCACAUACAGCAUCAUGAUCCAGAAGAUUCUGUUUAAAGAUCUAUUUCGCUUCUUGUUGGUCUAUGUCCUCUUCAUGAUCGGCUACGCCUCAGCUCUGGUGUCUCUGCUCAAUCCGUGUCCCCCCAACACCACAGACACUACCUGGGACAUCACAGUAAAGUCGUACUGCAGAGACACAGUAGCUUUCAGCACCUUUCUGCUGGACCUGUUCAAACUGACCAUCGGGCUGGGAAACCUGGAAGAAAUGCUCCAGGGUAUGCAGUACCCAGCUGUCUGCCUCAUCCUUGCUGUCACUUACAUUGUCCUGUCUUUUGUGCUCCUGCUCAACAUGCUGAUCGCUCUGAUGGGUCAGACCGUCACCAAGGUGUCCAAACAGAGCAAGAAGAUCUGGAAGCUCCAGUGGGCCACAACGAUCCUAGACAUCGAGCGCUCUUUACCUGUGUGUCUGCGCAAAAAGUUCCGUGUGGGUGAAAUGGUAACAGUGGGCAAGAACUGGGACGGGACGCCUGAUAAACGCUGGUGCUUCAGAGUGGAUGAGGUGAAAUGGUCAGACUGGAACCACAAUCUGGGAAUCAUUAAUGAGGAUCCAGGACUCAAAGAGCAAAAUGAACACGCACAUGGCAACACAAAACGACUGCGACGAGAUCGCUGGUCCACAGUGGUUCCUCGUGUAAUCGAGCUGAACAGAGGCUCCAGAGAACACGUGGUGGAGAUGAUGGAGCCGCUGAAGAACAGAAACAGUUUUAACUCGAGCUAGAACUGGACUGAACCACAGAGCUGCACUGCAACUAUAGAUAGAAAAAUCACAGAGAGAUCAGAUGCAGAGCAGAAGACAGAGGACUGGAAACAGGCCAUCAUCAGGACAGGAGACCAAGUCCACUCCAGUCACUGCACAGGAGAGGAAGUCCACGUUGGCUGUAGGCACUUCAUACAGACUUUAUUUUAAUGAAUUUUUUAUUGUAUAUUUAAGUCAAGUAAUUUUCAGCAUUCUUUCUCAGGGAUGUGUCUGGAGAUAAUAUGGAUGUUGUUGAGCAUUCAGAAAAACAAUAAAGACAUCAUAAGUUUGCAGUAAGGAAAUACCAAAGACAACAUUCAAGCAGUGAUAAAUAAAUAUUUUUCUUGCAUUUACUGCUCUUGAGGAAACACAAGGUUUUCAUGAUGUACUGGGUUAACCUAAUUUUAUUUAUAGUGAAAUAUUAAAAGAAACAAAGAAACAAAAAAAAAAUUAAAAAUACAACAGCAAUAAUUUCCAGCAUGUCAUAAUUAAAAUAUUAUUAGUUUCUUGAACAUGACACAUUGGUUUAGUCUCAUUAGCAUUUUUUUGCAAUCAAACAUCAAAAAUGUGUGUAAUAUCAACAGUAAACACCUGUAGAAGUGAGGAACUGUUAGCUAAUAACAGUGUAUAGUAAGAGUUUGGUCCAAACAGCAUGUUUUUAAAUCUUAACAUUAUGCCUCCUGUUCACAAUAUGAUGUAUUUUUCAUAUCUUGUUCAUUUUGGGUUUGCACAUCAUUUUUUUUUUAAUCUUUAUAUCAUGUUGUAUGCCUGUACAGUCAGAUUCAUAAAGGAACCUUUUUUACAUUCAAAAAGUCAUGUGACUCAUUUUUAUGUAAAAAUAUUAAUGUAGUUCAGAAUCAGGUGAUAUCUUGUACAGAGUUCCUAUAAAUGAUCAAUUAAGACGUUUGCUCUGGAGGCUAAUAUAACAGAUUUUAGAGCUUUAUUUUUUGCAGAAGGCUAAAGUUUCCUUCUUAUUUAUGGGACUCCAAGUAGUACAAAUACAAUAAAUACGUAUUAAUGAAGCGCA